AUGUCGCCAUGCUGCCAUAGCGAAGUACUUUGGUGAUGUCACCCCACCUUGUAACAAGUGCUGUGAUUACUGCAGGAACCCAGGGGCAGUGAAAAGACAACUGGAGUCACUGGAGCGCUGCAGCAACAGCUGGAGCAAAACCUGCAUUGGGCCCACAGGUUCCUCCUGGGAUGCCUAUGACCCAGAGCUGUAUGAAGGCGGGAGGAGAGGUUGCAGAGGUUUUAGCAGGUAUGAUGAAGAAAGUGGUGGGUAUGGGGAUGAAGCCAAUGAAGAGAGUCGGAAGCGUGAGUGGAACAACUUCUACAAAAAGCAGAUGAGUCUGCGCAAAGGCAAAGAACCAGAAAAGGAAGAUUUUGUUCCUCCAAGUACCGACUGCCCCUUGAAGGAUGCCUUCAGCAGGCGAAUCUCUAAGCUCACAGUGAAGGGACGGGAACACUGCUUGAAGAUGCUGGAAGAAGCUUUAAGCACCAAUCAAAAGGUUCCAGCAGCAGAAGGAAAAGGGUCAGACCCUCAUGCCUGUGCUGUGGAGCUGGAGUAUGAAGCUUUCCAAACCAGUAAAAUGGCUAACUCGUACAAGGCAACUGUGCUAAAGAAGGUAGCAGAAAUCAACAAAGCCUCAAAACAAGGAGAGUUGUUCUCAGUCUUUGGGUCCAGAACUGGUGGCAACAGCAGCUUGGAAACAAAAUCUGGAUCUCCAGCAGAAGAGGACUUCCUCCCUGCAUCCCAGGUUUACUCGUUCAAACCCAAGCGUGUGGGAGCAGGAUUUCCAAAGAAAUCCAGCUUGUUCCAGACAGCUUCAGAACUGUUGAAGGUCCAGGAGGAGAGUGAUGCAAAGCCUGUCAAAAAAGAAGUAGAUUGUCCAAAUGGGCAAGACAACAGCAACUACAGUCUGGAACAGGACACCAGAAACCCUGUUCUCCAGAAGAAGGAAAUAGCAACCAAAGCAAUGUGUGAGAGUGCUGAGGUAGAAUUAUUCCUUCCUGAAAAGAAGGGACAGCAACCCAGUCCAGACACAAAAGCUGCCCUUGGGGAUAGCCCUGCUAAGAAGUCCAAACCUAGCAAGAAGCAGCAAAUGCUCGCGGAAGCAGCCAAAAAAGAAUCACAGGAUAUUUCCAAAUUCUUCUCCCUCCCCAAAGGUGGGUCUAAAGCCAAAAGUUGCAGCUCAGCAAAGGAAGAUAUCUGUUCUGCAAGCACACUACCUCAGGUUUCUUCUCAAAGCAUGUGUCAAGAUAAAUCAAUACCUCAGAAAAACAAAGAUGUCUCUGGAGAAGAUGUGACUGGACAGUCCCAGGCAGAGAAUGAAGAGCUGGGAGAGACAGAAGUAACAGUGACAGAGAGGGAGGAGGAUUUUAAGACCCAGCAGGCUGCUGAAUCUGAACUUCUUCAGGGAGCGAUUGAUGUAAAAUCUAGUGUUGCUGAAAACAUUGCAGAAACUGAACUAACUGUUGUUGGGGAAGGUGAGUGUGGGAAGCGACCAGGAUCAGAUGAGCAUAUGGAAAGUCCUGCAACAAAGCGGCUACGGAGAGUGGCAAAAUGUUCUAUUCUGUCCCAGCCAGAAAGCAAAAGUGUUGGUCCAACAAAGAAGAAAGUGACUUUUGAUCCAAGCUUAUCGCAGUCUGAUAAAGAAGGAACCAGCAAGACUGUACAGCCAGUGACCAAAGGCAUGUCCCUCAAAGAAACAGCAGACAUCGUUGUCAAAUAUUUGACCCCAUUCUACAAGGGUGGCAAAUUUGCUUCCAAGGAUUUGUUUAAGGGCUUUGCUCGGCACCUGUCUCACUUACUGACUGAAGAACAGAACCCUGCCCGCAAGACUGUGAAGGAGGAAGCACAGAGACUCAUCAAAGAGUUUUUCAAAACGAGGGUCAGGUGUGAGAGUGAGACAGACUGGCAGGAGCUGCAGAGCUCAGAGAGCUGAUCCUUGCAUCAUGUUGGCUGUCUUCCUUCAGCACUUGGGACCAGGGUAUCUCAAAGAACUCAGCCACAGAGGGUUUCGUGAAACUGCAGAAGCGAGCUUUCUUUUCCGACUGCAUUUUUGCUUGCUUCUGUUCUUAGUGACACGCACUUCCAGGAAACCAGUUUCUGUGAACUUAUGGAAAGUUUCUCCAAUAACCAGGGUGCUGAAGCCCUCUCAUACCUCUUGCCAAGAGGUGUGAAGUCUGCAUCUGCUGUGUAAGUUAGGGGCUGCUGCCUCAGGUGUUCUGCAGUGUCUCCAACCUCUACUCCCUGCAGCAGUCUGGGAAGGACUCCGACUGGAACUCUGCUUUGGGAUGGCAUCUUGCUUCCUAGAUGGCUCCUCCCCCCUCUCUUAGUUCUUAUUUCAGUGUUACCACUAGAAGCCUUACGCUACAAGUUCACAUGCUUUGCUCAGGGCUGCCAAUGAUGAACUUGAUGGUUGAGUUCCUGGAUGGAAUGUUUUCCCUUGAAGGGCAGGAGGGGAGCGUUUUGUUUUUACCACACAGGCAAUGCCUACUUUCUGAAGGUGGAGAAACUGGGAUUCUUUUUCUUUUAAUCUUAACUUUUUUUUUAACUUUGUCUAGUUUUGCCUGCCCUUUAACUUAAGUGGUGAUGCUCUUUCAGUAUUAACCUCUCCUAUAGUGGCACCAAGGUUGCCAACACUUUUUUAGCAUCUGCUCGUAACCCCUAAAGCCAUAUUUGCUGCCUGUGCCUCACCCACAGUCAGCAAUACAGAGGGCAGUGCUGCUGUUACAGCUGGUUUAGGUACUGCUGUGCCCUCUCAGAUUGAUACUGUGGUGCCUCUGCUGCUAUAUUUAUAUAAGGACCUGAACCUUAGGGUAUCGGUGGGUUUGAAAUAACCUGAUUCCCUGGCACAAGUCCUUUCUGUUGGGUUUUUGUUGGGUUCUGCCUUUGUUCUAUGCCUAUAGAUGCUGGUGGCCUCAGGCACUAGUGCUGCUAGAGGAAUCUACAGCCUGAGAGGCCACCAAACAGGCUUUUGGAUCCCUGUACUCAACAGAUGUAUUUUUUUUUUAAAUGUACGGAACUGACAAUAAAACAAUGUUACAGC